CAGCGCCUGGCAAACUCUCCUCCUUCACCAUCAUCGUCAACGACGAUGGACAAACCAAUGGGUCCUAGGCAGCCUCCCGCACCAGAUAAGAGGAAUGCAGCCUACGAGUCUAUCUUUGGACGUCCAAGCGCCUCUCACCAUCAUCAAUCUCCUGUUCCCACUGUCCAGCCUCCAUACCCACCUCAAACUAACUAUUAUUACCAGCAGCAACCGCAGAGUUACCAGCAAAAUGCCGUUGACAGGAGGACGUCUUUUCAACAGUACCAUCACUCGCCGUCACUGUACACCAAUCCAACGUAUAACUCUUCCAAUAUACCCCCAAAUGCGUACCCGAGAUACACUCCUUCUUCAUACAAUUAUACUCCUUCUCUUGCCCCUCCUUCUGUCUCUAUAAGGGCCAGAUCUAUACAUUCCAGUACAAACGGACCAGGAAUUAUUGCCCCGAAGCCAGAGGAACCACCAGAUCCUUCUCUCGAAGCACUGACCAAGUCGGGCCUUACCCCGGCCCAAGCCUACCAAGCUCAAAUCUAUCGAAAUUCCACUCCGUCUUCCCUUCCCGCUGUCGAAAGCGAUGACGGUAGACUCGGUAUCGACUUCGCAGCUGAAAGCAAUUCGAGCGAUCAAAGUACUGAUGACAGUAGCGAGCUGCCUUGGGCAAGAAAGGAAUCUCCACGCACUAUGUCUUCCUUGCCUCAACGCAACUCUACUACAAACAUUUCUCAUAAUCGUCAUUCCCAUGCCUCCACCAAUCAUUCGCUUCAUGUAGACACAGCUUCGGCUCAAUCUAUACGGUCAUCUGUCGCUAGUACCUCACCUUCAUCUUUCUCUUUGGCUGAUAACAACUCCUUAUCCAUGGAAACUGCUACAACCAGCACACUCGUAGGCACCAGCACGGGAAGGAGAUCAUCGGAGUCUGCCCAUAUCCAUAGGGUAACAGGAAACGCCCGUCGAGAGAAAUCAGCUCAGGAUAGGUCAAUGUCCAUGUCGGCAGCAACAAAUUCCAUGCGUGCAGUUCUUGCUUCUAGAGUCCCAAUUCCUGGUUUACCAGAAGGGCGCCAUUCUCCCAUCUCUAUCAAAACUCACACACGCAAAACGCCAAUAGUCUACCCAGCGUUGCUUUCACGAGUCGCGGAAGCGUUUCGGGACCGCAUUCAACUCGCAGAUAGGCUCAAAGACGGUCUCACGUACAAGAAUGCUUUUGAUGGCCGGGAAGCUGUCGAUAAGAUUGCCUACAUCAUAAAAACCACAGAUCGGAAUCUCGCUCUACUCCUUGGAAGAGCUCUCGAUGCGCAAAAAUUCUUUCACGAUGUUACAUACGACCAUCGGUUAAGAGAUAGUGCGAACGAGUUAUACCAAUUCCGUACAAAAUUGCCCAGUCCUUUCGUCAGUGGUGAGCUGCCGAAUGUGAAUGCCACAUCGAGCGAGCUGCCUUCUUUCCAAACGGCUACCGAAUCACCCGUGGAAGGUGAACCUUCAUCGCCUUCUCCUUCAGUCAAUCAAUCGCGUCCUCGCAAAGGUUCAUUCAGCUCCGAUGAAGUUGAGCUUCCUUCAGGUGUAUUCACUCUCUUAACGGAUUGCUACUCGCCUACUUGUUCAAGAGACCAACUUUGCUACAGCAUUGCUUGUCCACGGCGCCUCGAGCAACAGGCUCGAUUAAACAUGAAGCCACAGCCAGGGCUCUCCAAACAGAUCAGCAAGGAAAGUUUGAAUGACACGCCGGAUGACGGAACGUUGUGGAUUCAUUCUGUGCCACAAGAAAUUGUCAACAGUGUGUCAGACACAGAGAAAAAGCGGCAAGAGGCUAUCAAUGAAGUCAUAUACACUGAACGCGACUUCGUCCGUGAUAUGGAAUAUCUCAGAGAUAUCUGGAUAAAACGACUGCAGGAAUCCGACGUCAUUCCCGAGGAUAGACGUACUGCGUUCCUCGAGCAGGUAUUCUGGAACGUAUUUGACAUAAUCGCAGUCAAUAUUCGUCUACGUGAUGCUCUUGUCAAACGACAAAAACAAUACGCUGUGGUGGAGAAGAUUGGGGACAUACUGCUUGAUGCGGUUCCCCAUUUCAACAAUCCAUUUGUGUCUUACGGCUCACAUCAGUUGUACGGAAAAUAUGAAUUCGAGAAGGAGAAGAACUCAAAUCCUGCUUUCGCUCAAUUUGUCGAGGCAAGUCGUAGUCAUGUUACGGAACGGCUUCCGGAAUCACGUAAACUAGAGCUCAAUGCGUACUUGACGAAACCAACCACCCGUCUGGCGAGGUAUCCUUUACUUCUGGAAGCUGUGUUGAAGCAUACUCCUGAGGACAAUCCUGAUAAGACCACUUUACCCCAAGUUGUGUCUGUAAUUCGCGAAAUUCUUGGGCGCGUUAACACGGCGUCUGGACAAGCCGAGAACCGCUUUAAUUUGAUUCAGCUCGAUGGGCAGUUGCAAUGGCGACCCGGGGAGGAAGUGCCACUUCGCUUGAGAGAGGAAGGUCGCGAAAUGAUAUACAAAGGCCCUCUCAAUAAACGCGAUGGCGAACUGCAAGUGUAUCUGUUCGAUCAUGCCCUGCUGUUCACCAAAGUUGUUAAGACGAAGCAACACGAAUUCUACAAAGUUUAUCGCCCCCCAAUACCACUUGAACUCCUUUUGGUCAGUGCUUCUGAUGAUGCAAGUCCUAACGGUAAUGGGCAUAAUACCUUGCGAGGGAAUCGACGGCAAGGUCUUGUUAAAAAAAACUCCUUCAGUCGCGAUUCCAGGUCGUCGCCUAAUUUUACUGUGCCACCCGUCCACGUCAAGACCGAUGCCAAAGGUCAAUUUUGGAUCAACUUUGUCCAUCUUGGACGGAAGUACUACAAUCUUGUCCUAUGGGCGAAUUCAAAUCUCAACCAGAAAAAAUGGCUGGAGAACAUUUACAAGCAGCAACAGGCAAUAAAAGAACGAAGCAAUAUCUUCGAGACGGUUUCGUUAAGCGAAGGCUUUUUUAAUAACCCAAACAAGGUCAAUUGUGCGGCACCCUUCAGUGGCGGUCGGAAGAUUGCGUAUGGUACAGACGAUGGCGUUUACUUCAGCGAUCUACGGGAAGUGAAUAAAGAUCCGGUCAAAGUCCUCGGACUAAUGGAUGUCACUCAAAUCGAUGUGUUAGAGGAUUAUCAGUUGUUGAUCGUCCUUUCUGAACGUAGCGUCAUUACUUUCCCCCUCGAAGCAUUAGAUCCAAUAGAUCCCCUAGCUGGGUUAAAACGCGCCAAACGGAUAACAUCCCAUACAUCCUUCUUCAAAACUGGAUAUUGUCUUGGUCGAAUGCUAGUCUGCAUUGUCAAAUCCAGUCAACUCUCCAGUACCUUCAAAACAUUAGAACCGAUAGAUCAAGGUACAAGGGGCCGUGCCAAGCCCACAUUCCGGAAACUUCUCCAAGGGGGUAACGAUACACUCAAAUUAUUCAGAGAGUUCUAUAUCCCGGUUGAAUCGUCGUCUAUCCACUACCUCAAGACUAAGUUAUGUGUGGGUUGCUCGCGGGGAUUCGAAAUUGUUGAUCUGGAGACGUUGGAUACGCAAGGCUUGUUGGAUCCCAACGAUGAGUCACUCGACUUUGUCCGUAAGCGAGAUAAUCUACGGCCGAUGGCUAUUUACCGCAUCCAAAACGAGUUCCUGUUGUGCUAUGACGAAUUUGCUUUCUAUGUGAACAAAAACGGUCGGCGGUCUCGGAAAGAGUUCAUGGUAUUUUGGGAAGGAAUUCCAACGGGAUUUGCGUUACACGAGCCAUACGUUUUGGCGUUUGAACCGACAUUUGUAGAAAUUCGACAUAUAGAGACGUGCUUGAUGACACAAGUUAUCCAAGGGUCAAAUCUGCGGCUGUUGUUCGCCGACAAUCCCCCCUCGAUGACUGGCGCUGCCUCACAAGCGAAUUCUUGGGGCAUUCCAAAUCCAGGAAUGUAUCAGCCUGGAUACGAGGCAAAUCCAUACAACGGUUACCACCAACCGUACCGGCCAGGAUACGGAGGUUACGGAGGACCACCAACACUUCAGAUGCAAUAUCCUAUGCAUCCCCGGCAACAAGGAUAUGUCCGAGAUGAGAUAUUGAUGGUUUCGGACGACCGAGUGUUUGCACUGCGCACGAACUAUGCUGAGCCACAACAUUUGGUGUCUGACAAUGCCUCUAUGAUUUCCAUGCCUCGAUAGUCCGAACUUACUCGCUCUUCCGGUGCUUCUAUAUCCAUUUUGAAUUAUUCCACUUUUGUUGUUGCAACGUCGUUAUAUUAUUCUACUGUGCAUCAUUCUUCUUUUACCGCCCGUUCAGAGGGCCUGUACUUUCACGUGCACUCUGUUGUCUCAGUCUCCGUAUUCACCUAGCAUAUACUUACAUCUUUACUGCAUCUGUAUUGAGACUUCAACCUGGCGGAAAACCGGUCUACAUACGUCGUGACGUAUGGAGAUCAAUAUCAGGGUGCCGCCGGCCGGGCUUGGCAUGGGAAAAAUUGCCACUACUAAGUCAAGGAAAAGUUUCGCUUUUGAUC